GAGCAGCAAAGCAAAGACAGCUGCAGUCGUUUUCAUGGUGUCCGCUGACAUUGCCGCAUGAUCCGGCCAUUGCCAGUUUGACUUGGAAAAAUUCCUUCGCGAUAAUUUCAGUGUUUUCCAUUUCAUCGCUUAGAUCAUUUCAAGAAAGCGAAAGGAAUUUUACAACCAUGCCGCUGGAGUCUAGUGUCGCGAUUGUCAAAGCUGUUGUCGAUCAACAUUUCGAUUCUUUCAUCCACAUUUCUCCACUCACCCAUUCUACUACUCUCGCCAUUCCCAAUUUCUCUUCCCAAUUGCCAUGGCGGUUCUGUAACCUUCUGAAGGGGAAGGUUGAAGAUGAGAAGUUUUAAGCAGCUGUGGACGAAGAAGACAUGGGUUGGUCUUGGAUUAGGGCAGUUUCUGUCCCUUCUUAUCACUUCCACGGGGUUUUCGUCCUCCGAACUUGCCAAAAGGGGAAUUGAUGCACCCACCUCGCAGUCUUUUGUAAAUUAUGUGCUCUUGGCGUUUGUCUAUGGGAUCACCAUGAUUUCCCGUAGGACAGUUCUGAAGGCAAAGUGGUAUUACUACAUACCACUUGGGUUAGUUGAUGUGGAGGCCAAUUACCUCGUGGUAAAGGCCUAUCAAUACACGUCAAUUACAAGUGUAAUGCUUCUUGAUUGUUGGUCAAUUCCUUGUGUCAUGCUGCUUACUUGGCUGUUUUUGAAAACAAAAUAUAUACUGAGGAAGAUAAUUGGCGUGCUUAUCUGUGUGGCUGGCCUUGUGGCAGUUAUUUUUUCUGAUGUUCAUGCUGGUGACCGGGCAGGAGGAAGCAACCCCAUCAAAGGGGAUGCACUGGUUAUUGCUGGUGCUACACUCUAUGCUAUCAGUAACGUCAGUGAGGAAUUCCUUGUGAAGAAUGCUGGUAGAGUUGAAUUAAUGGCAAUGCUUGGUCUCUUUGGUUCAAUCAUCAGUGGUAUCCAAAUAAGCAUAGUUGAACGCAAUGCGCUAAAAUCGAUUCAUUGGACAACUGGGGCAGCACUUCCAUUUGUUGGAUUUUCAUUAGCUAUGUUUCUCUUCUACUCGUUAGUUCCUGUAUUGCUUCAGACCAGUGGAGCGACAAUGUUGAAUCUGUCUUUGCUGACCUCAGACAUGUGGUCUGUCGUAAUACGCAUCUUCGCUUACCAUGAGAAGGUGGACUGGAUAUACUUUUUGGCAUUUGCUGCCGUUGUUGUUGGGCUUAUUAUUUAUUCAGUGGCUGACGAAGAAGAAGAUAUUGGCCAGGCCAACGUUUCUGAUGUAGCGGUAGAGUCCAGAAAGCCCCUAGAUGAGGAAGGAGGGUCGGGGAAUCGCGAGAUAGAUGUAAGAAGGACCAUCACUGAAGGGAGUAGUAGUAGUACCUAGUAAGGCAGAUGACAUUGUUGGCGGCAGUGCAGGGAGGGACGGCAUUGAUAAGAGGGUGAGAAAGCCUUUGUAGGACCAGAUUUAUUGCUAUUGUGAUUAAGCCAGAUGAUAUAAUAUGGUUCUGAAUUCUCAAUAGCUACAGAAGUUAGGAAGUGGAAAUUGUAGGGUAAGAAAGAAGAGUUCAAUUGGAAAAUCUCAACAAGAGAAUGUUCCAUUGAAAGGCUUGAAUGUUAAAAAUUGUGAAUUGUAGUUGGACAAAGAAGAUUAUAGUUAUUUUAAUGUAUAAAUGAGAAAUGUCCAAUUUUUCAUUUGAUGAAA